CACACACACACACACAAACGGGUGGGAGGGGCGACGCUGGAAUUCGACGGCCUGCUUGUGAUUGGCUAAUGUGCCACUGAGUUCUUAGCGAAUAAGAGAGUGGCCGUUUUGUCUAUAUCACGGAGAGCUCGGCGCGUAACAUUCAUAAUUUAUAACUUGUUGUUAGAGCAGAUCUAAGCAUCAGAAUGAGCGGCAGAGGAAAAACCGGCGGAAAGGCUAGGGCUAAGGCCAAGAGUCGUUCAUCCAGGGCUGGACUUCAGUUUCCCGUGGGGCGUGUGCACAGGCUUCUGCGUAAAGGCAACUAUGCCGAGCGCGUCGGUGCCGGCGCUCCGGUUUACUUGGCCGCCGUGUUGGAGUAUUUGACCGCUGAGAUCCUGGAGUUGGCCGGUAAUGCUGCCCGUGACAACAAGAAGACCCGUAUUAUUCCUCGCCAUUUGCAGCUCGCCGUGCGUAACGACGAGGAGCUGAACAAACUGCUCGGUGGAGUGACCAUCGCCCAGGGUGGUGUGCUGCCGAACAUUCAGGCCGUGCUUUUGCCCAAAAAGACCGAGAAGGCUGUCAAGACCAAGUAAACUCGUUCACUACUGUUUUCUCAGUACCCAAAGGCUCUUAUAAGAGCCACUCAUCUUUGCUUAAAAAGUGCAAUUUUUACACCCGUUUUUCUACUGAAAGUGUGCUCUACAAAGUCAGCACGUUCGA